AUGGGUGGAAUUCGAAAAGCCUCGCGCCCUCUUCGACGACCAGACUUUCGAAGCAGAUUGCAACGUGCAUUGUCUUUGUCGUCCUUAGAGUCUGAGGAUACCGGCAGUGUGUGCUCCGCUACAGAGGAUACAACAGGGGACGAGUCACCUUCUCAGGAGGAAAACGACUCUGGCGACCAGCAAAAUAGUGACGCAGCUGAUGAGAGUGAGCAAGAAGCUGCACGACAGCGGAGAACUGUGUUUGGACAUGAAACGGAUUUGGAAAUACGUGGGCAAACUCAGCUAUCCGGAGACAGCAAUACGGUUGCUCUUGAAUGCCUGACGGAGUCUAUUGAGCGCUCAUCGCAUGACCAAGUCACCUGGAAUGAAACCGUUCGCAACGAUCUGGUUGACAUCUUGGGCCGAUUGGCAAUCGUCGAGACUGAGGUACAGAAGGUGACCGGACAGGGUACAAACAAAUCUACAGAGGGCCAGAAGACUGGGCGAUCCAUGCGUCGGCAGCAGUGA